AUGGUUUUAUUUGCUGUCGUUGGUAGAAAAAUGCCACUUAAUGUACGGUUAUUAUCAUCCGGAUUUUAUGUGUUAGUCGGUGUUAUCAUCGGGUUUUCUCUGUCAUUCCUGUCUCUAUCGGGUAACCAGACUGUGACUUCACCGAUGACUGGGCUAAUAAUUAAAAAUCCUCGGCGGAUUUCUAGUCACUUUAAUGAUGCUCAUAAUGAAUGGGAAGUUGACGAUAAUAAUGCACCAACUGCUGCAAUGUAUUUUCAUGAAAAUGGAACCAGUCUACAUGAUGAUAAUAAUGCUAUGGCAAAAUUAUUGGAAUCAAAGGUGCGAAUAUUCUGUUGGAUAUUGACGGGUAAGCAAAAUCAUGAGAAAAGAGCGAGGCACGUGAAAGCGACGUGGAGCCGACGUUGUUCGAAGUACCUGUUUAUGUCUUCCGAAACAGAUCCAUCCUUGCCGUCCAUAAAUUUGAACAUAACAGAAGGUCGUGAUCAUUUAUGGGCCAAAACAAAAGCAGCAUUUAAAUAUUUGCAUGAUUUUUACCUUGACGAUUAUGACUGGUUUUUGAAAGCGGACGAUGAUACUUAUGUUAUCCUGGAAAAUUUGAGGUUCAUGUUAUUAGCACAUGACCCAAAUGAACCAGUUUGGUUUGGCUGUAAAUUUAAGCCCUUCACAAAACAGGGUUAUAUGAGUGGUGGAGCUGGUUAUGUGCUCUCCAGAUCAGCCCUUAAAAAAUUUGUCACCGAGGCACUUCCGGAUUCGAACAAGUGUAAGAAAAGUGAAAGUGGUGCGGAAGAUGCAGAAAUUGGAAAAUGUUUGGAGAGAGUUGGCGUAAAAGCAGGCGAUUCGAGAGAUGCUGAGGGUCACCACAGGUUCCUGCCAUUCGUACCAGAACAUCAUUUAAUGCCAGGACAUGUAGAUAAGAAAUUUUGGUUCUGGCAAUAUACAUAUUAUCCUGUAGAACAGGGUCCAGAAUGUUGUAGUGAUUACGCAAUAUCGUUUCAUUACGUAAAUCCUUCAUUGAUGUACGUUUUGGAAUAUCUUAUUUAUCAUCUACGACCUUUCGGCAUCACAAAAAAUUCGCUAUCUGUGAUAGAAGCAUACCGUUUGGCGGUGAAGAAUAUGGGCCCAGAUGAUGUGUUCAAAAAAGUAUUUGCUCCAAAUAAAUCGGUGAUUUCGGUUUCGCGGGAUUCCGACAUUCUGCCGAAACCAUCAUCCAAAGUGGAAACUAUGGCGAAAAAAACGGAUAGGUAACACUUUUGCUACCAGAAUCUGGAAAUAGCAUAAAAGUGACGAAGGAUUAACAAAAAUGAUAGUACUUAUGAAUGCAUUAAAUAUUUGAGAUAUUUGUUGGUCGUGAAUUUGGAGAGUACUUUUAAACAUGUUAAGUUAUUGGUCCCUCUUAGAGAGGAUAUGAGCACAUAGGUAGAGUUUAUAGUCUUGGUACCUUCAGUUUUAUCUUUCCUCGCAGCUUUUUCCUUCUCUUUCCAGUGGUUGAUUAACCAAAAGAACAGCACAUUUUGUUGUAAAUAACGCGA